GGAUUUUUCAGUCCUUGCACAUCGAUUGAUCGACCCAGCUCCAAUGGCCGAAACCACACCCCUUCAGCUCGCCUGCUACACUCUCCUCUGCGUCCUCGUCGUAACCAUAGUCCUCAAGCUGAAGCUCAAGCUCAGACCGGCGUCUGCCGGCCGUCUGAACCUGCCUCCCGGCCCAUGGGCGCUGCCGGUGAUCGGCCACAUGCACUUCCUGCUGGGCGCCCUGCCGCACCAGGCCAUGCGCGGUCUCGCCCGGCGCCAUGGCCCCGUCAUGCUCCUCCGCCUGGGCCACGUCCCGACGCUCGUGCUCUCCUCCGAGGAGGCGGCAAGGGAGGUGAUGAAGGUCCACGACGCCGCCUUCGCCAACCGGCCCGUGUACGCCACCGCCGACGUCCUGACCUACGGCGGCCAGAACAUCUCCUUCGCGCGCCUCGACAGCCGGCACUGGAAGACCGUCCGGAAGCUCUGCGCCGUGGAGCUGCUCAGCCCGAAGCGCGUCCGCUCCUUCCGCCCCAUCCGGGAGGAGGAGGCGGCGAGGCUCGUGCGGUCUGUCGCUGACGCCGGCGCCGGCGCCACCGUCAACGUCAGCGAGAGGGUGAAGGUGAUGAUGAACGACGUCAUCAUGAGGGUGUCCGUCGGCGACCGGUGCCAGCAGCGGGCGCUGUACCUCGAGGAGCUGGACAGGGGUAUGGGUGUCUUGUCCGGGUUCAACCUGACCGACUUGUUCCCGACGUCGCGCCUGGCACGGGCGCUCGGCGGCGGGUCCCUGAGGGCGGCAUGGGAGGUGCGCGAGAGAAUCCAGUCCAUCCUAGACGCCAUGAUCGUGGACCACAAGAGGGCGAUGGAGACUGAGGAAGCCGAUGCUGCCAGCGCCGGCCAUGAGAGUGAGGACAUCCUCACCACCCUGCUGCGGUUCCAGAGGGACGGUGGGACGGGCGGCAUCACCCUCACGAACGAGAAUGUGAACGGCGUCUUGUUCGACAUUUUCUCCGCCGGGUCAGAGACGACAGCGACGACCACAAUCUGGGCCAUGUCGGAGCUUAUCAGGAACCCUAGGACAAUGACCAUCGCACAGUCUGAAGUGCGACAAGCACUCCAAGGCAAGACCAAGGUGGCCGAGGCAGACAUCGACGGUCAGCUCCACUACCUUCAAAUGGUCAUCAAGGAGACCUUCAGGUUGCACCCUCCGGUACCAUUGCUCCUCCCAAGGUUGUGCACGAAACAAAGCAAAAUCAUGGGCUACGACGUGCCUCCAGGCACCACCGUGUUUGUAAACAUGUGGGCCAUCGGCAGGGAUGAGAUGAACUGGACCGACGCGAGUGAGUUCAAGCCCGAGAGGUUCAGGGUAGAGAAGGUGGACUACGGUGGUACUGACUUCAGGUUCCUCCCCGGUGGCGCCGGUCGGAGGAUGUGCCCUGGUAUGAUGUUUGGUGUCUCCAACAUCGAGAUUGCUCUUGCGAGCCUUCUCUAUCACUUCGACUGGAGGCUCCCCGAUGGCGCGAGUCUGAAGAAGCUUGAUAUGACCGAGGCAUAUGGGAUCACAACGCGUCGGAAGACUAACCUCUUGUUGGAAGCUAGUGUUUUUGUGCCUUAAUUUGUUCGUUUAGUAAUUGAUGUGUGCAGAGGUUGAGAGGAGUA